CCAGACUGAAAACCAAAAUGGUCUGGGCACGGUCUCUUUAUUUUCUUUGUCUCGUUUGUCUUUCAGCUUUUGUGAGCAAUUGCCAUGAAGAGAAGAAGGUUCAUAUUGUAUACAUGGGAGAUCUUCCGGAGGGAGAUGAUUCUCUUCAAGCUACGCACUACAACAUCCUCCACGACAUCUUAGGAAGCCAUUCUUUGGCCCAGGAAGCACUAGUAUACAGUUACCAGAGGAGUUUGAAUGGAUUCGUAGCCAAACUUGCAAAUGCUGAGGUAGUAAAGCUCAGAGCUACGAAGGGAGUGGUUUCUGUCUUUCCUAAUAGGAAGCUCCAGAUUCAAACAACAAGAUCAUGGGAUUUCUUGGGUGUCCCUAGAUCCCAGCCUAUUAAGCCCACUGACGGAAGUGUGAUUGUGGGGAUGCUUGAUACAGGUAUUUGGCCAGAAAGCAAGAGUUUUGAAGAUGAAAGUUUUGGUGCGCCUCCUUCAAAAUGGAAAGGAACUUGCCAAUCAAAUAAUUUUACAUGCAACAACAAGGUCAUUGGGGCACGAUACUAUGACAUUGCAAACAUUUCCGACCCUCGCUCUGACUUUAACUCACCAAGAGACACGCUUGGGCAUGGAAGUCACACUGCAUCAACUGUGGCCGGCCGCGAAGUGCAGAACGCAAGCUUAUAUGGCAUUGGUGAAGGCAUUGCAAGAGGUGGAGUUCCAAAUGCAAGGAUUGCAGUGUAUAAAGUAUGCUGGGCCGCGGGCUGUACUGAUGCAGACAUCUUAGCGGCCUUUGAUGAUGCAAUUGCCGAUGGUGUUGACAUUCUAUCUGUAUCGCUUGGAAGUGUUCAACCAGUACCAUACGAUCAAGAUUCAAUUUCUAUUGGAUCAUUCCAUGCUAUGAAAAAUGGUAUCUUGACUUCUUGUGCAGCCGGAAAUAGUGGUCCUAUUCGGAAACAAGUCUCAAAUUACUUCCCUUGGGCACUUACUGUCGCAGCCAGCACCAUCGACAGAAAAUUUGUUACUAAAGUGGUGCUUGGAGAUGGACAAACCUUUUUUGGAACUUCACUCAAUGGUUUCACUCCCAAUGCCACUGCUUUUCCCCUAGUAUACUCUGGAGACGCGAACAAUGUAACUUUUGGGGCUGGCCCCGAGCAAUCAAAAAUGUGUUUGUGGGGUACACUUAGUAAUAAAGCCGAAGGGGGAAUUGUUCUUUGUGAUUAUGCCAAUGAUGGAGGAACAGCUCGUCUGGCUAAAGCAGCGGGAAUAAUUAUGCCGUUUUCAUACCUUGAGAUUGCGUUUUCAUUUCCUGCACCAGCAGUUUUCAUCAGUCAUGAAGAUCACGACAAGUUAUUCGAUUACAUUAGAACUACAGAAAUACCAAUUGCCACGAUUCUUCACACUGAAGCAUUCGAAGAUAGCAUGGCUCCUCUUGUCACAAAAUUCUCAUCAAGAGGACCGAACCCUAUAAGUCCAGAGAUCCUCAAGCCAGACAUAACAGCACCAGGAGCAAACAUCCUAGCGGCGUGGUCUCCCCUUGGACUCUUUUCAGUUUAUAGGUUUGACAAGAGAAGUGUUGAUUACAACAUAGUUUCUGGAACAUCCAUGUCUUGUCCCCAUGCUACUGGUGCUGCUGCAUACGUUAAGGCUUCCCACCCAGACUGGUCUCCAGCCGCUAUUAAGUCGGCCUUAAUGACUACAGCAACCAUUAUGGACUCGAGGAAGAAUCCUGACGCAGAAUUUGCAUAUGGCUCUGGCCAAAUCGACCCAAUGAAGGCAGUUGAUCCUGGUCUGGUCUUUGACGCAUCAGAAGCAGAUUACAUAAAUUUCUUAUGCGGUGAAGGUUACAACAUCAGUACGAUAAGACUCAUCUCUGGUGAUGCUAGCAACUGCUCCACUGCCAGCAAAACAUGGGAUUUAAAUUACCCGUCAUUCGCUCUCUCUUUAUUAGAUGGAGAAGAAGUGAGUGCUACAUACACAAGAACUGUAACGAAUGUGGGAUCUCCAAACUCUACUUACAUUUAUGAAGCCUUUCUGCCACCACCCUUUACUGUGGUUGUCGAACCUACAGUUCUCACAUUUACUGAAGUUGGAGAAAAGAAAUCAUUUACACUGAAAAUUGUUGGAUCACCAAUAGUGCAAGUGCCUAUUGUCUCAGGUUCACUAGCAUGGACAGAUGGAAACCACACCAUCAGAAGCCCUAUAGUGAUAUUCAAUGACAUGCCCACAAGCUUUUCUUUGUAUGAGGAUACGCUGGAAAAAUCUACAUUGCAGAAGGUGCUUGAGCUCCAACAAGGGCAAAAUUAUAUGAGCAUAUUAGAACCUCUUCCAAUGACCAGAACUACUGUCCGAAGCAAAUAUAGCAAAUAUCGUGCAUGAGCUAUCUUGAAUUAAGACACGACGAGAAUGAAUAAAGAGAAUACAAUCAGAGUACUACAGUAUAUUUACAAGAUGAUCUGCAACAAUCAAAAUAAUGAUAAUUUUUUUCUCACCUCCCAAAUGAGAUUUGAGAAAACUGUAAGCUGAAUAAUAAGCAGACAUGGGAAUGUAAGACACUGAUUAAGCAUGCUAAUAAUGACAGGUUACCUUCUUAUUA